AUGAAUUUUUUUCAAAAAUCUCUUACUUUCUUGGUGAUAUUCGAGUUGACUUGUUUCUUGCAAGUUAUUGCUAAUCAUUCUACAACUCCCGAUAGUAACAUCCCCACCAUCUCCAUCGGAAACGCAACUGAUUUCGGUUCAUCCUCUGACUUUCCAUCUACUGUUACAUCUAGUGAUUCAACUGAAACCAUGUCCACCAUUUCAUUUGAAAAAUCAAAAUCUACGAGUGUUCAGGAAUCGACUGAUCAUUUCAAAACUCUUCCAACAAUUCCAUCAACAGUAAAAAUCGCUGCAACAGGAUUUCCAAACAACACAAUUUCUUCUCCUUUUUCAUCAUCCCACUCUACCGUAACCCGCCCAGUUCCAGUCGCUACAGAUGAUUUAUGUAUUCAAGGAGUUUCAGUGCUACCACCGGAGAAGUGUGAAACGUUGGAUGACUGCAAUUUGAGAGGGGGUAAAACAACUCAAAGAUGGUGUGAUCCGGUCAACAAAUCGUGUUGUCGAUUUGAACAAGAACAUGAACUCUACUGUCCUGAUGGAAAUAUUCCUCUGAUGAAUGAACCAUUUUGCAAAAACUUUGAACCGGAACAGAUUUGGAGUGGAACUUGUUCUUUGCCUAACGGAAUCUGCAAACACGGACAUUGUUGUCCUUCAAAUAACACUAUAUUACUUGGGACUCCUUAUAAAACAAAUCAAGACUGUGUAACCAAUGCGCCAAUUCAUAAAAAUCAAAAAUUCGGAUAUUGUGAUCCGGAAAAUGGAAAAGUGUUCAUAAUGAAGAUUGUGGUCAGUCAUUCGGAAUGGAUAAUGUAUGUAUGCGUGUGUCAAAUGUAA